AUGCUUCGCGUUCGUCGUCGGAGUGCAGAUAUGGACCCCAAUGCACUCAGUCGAAUCGAAGCUGUUAUUGUAAAAUCGCACCAAAAAGAACAUCGAAAGUCGCGCUGUGGUCAGUACUCUAUAUUUUUAUGUGAUCUUUCCACCCAAAUUUCAUCUGGUCAAACUUUUUUGUUUCCCUUCAAGUUUCAUUUUUCGCAACGAAAAGAGGGCACACAUCGGAGCUCUGCGUCUAAAGAAGACAUUAAUAUCUUCAAUCCGGUUUGCAAUGGAUCAAGAUCGUUAGUGCAAGUUCCGUACCUCAAAAUGGAAGAAACGUAUUUUGCAAGUCGUCCAAGCCACUCAAUCACGAGCGUUGAUACAGAAGAGGACUCAGGCCACUUCAUGCGACCGCAGUCGGCGCUUGAAGUGAGCGAUGAACAGAAGCGUAAACGAUCAUAUUUUGUUCAACAUCGCAGACUUACUGAUAUUUCACAAGGGACCAGUGAGAAUAUGCAUGAGCCAGGAGGUUCAAGACCUGAUAAAGAUUAUCAGCUCGACUCCAGAAAAACACUAGUUUUGAGCACAAUGCCGCUGAGUGAAUACCUGGAAGAUGCCUCUCAGAGCGAAGAAGGUUUUUAUGAUGCAGUCACUCCAGGGAUUGCGGACGAAAGAAUAAAAAUUCGACCACGCUCGUAUUCUUAUGGCCAUUUUCCGGUAAAUAUAGACCGUCCUACUCGAUAUCAAGCGCAUUACGGCUCACACCGUUACAACUCUCCGGCGGAUCAGUACAUACAUCGAACAGAUCAACCGGUCCAUGGACCUCACCAUGCAGUAGUACAGCCUGCAUGCUCCUCAAUGACUUACGGUACAAAUUCCAGUCCCACUCGUUGUUCUUGUGUGUUUGGGGAUCAGCAACCAAGUUUUGAUUAUUCAACCCACGGGGAAUCAUCUGCUCCCCUUAUACCAUACAGAAAGUAUCAUCCAAAACGUCAACAUUCGGAUCCUGAAAGAGCUAACUUCAUAAAUAAUAGGAACAACAAUAUAAACCAUUCUCCUUGGUUAGGUUUCCAUCAUGAGCCUAUGCAUACACAACGCCUCACACCCAUCACUGAAAACGAUACUCCGCUCGACACAUCACGAAGAUCAUUCUACCCGGUACCACCUCCGAACCCUGAGGACUACAUUGACACUAGGCAGGAAUCUGACGAAGUGACGAUGCUAUCACAGCGUCCAGGGAUUUUUCAGCCUGUACCACCGCCGACACAUGGAGAAGAUGAAUCUGAAAAUGAACCUAAUUAUGCAAAUAUCUCCCACUUUCACCCGCCAGUAACGACCUUAAAUUUUGACGCAUGGUACCAAUUAUAUGGGACUCAAAUGGCGCCAAUGGCAACAAAUCCAGCGACGCGAAGAUUGGCCAUUUCUAGACCAGGAGGUUUCCAGGUGCCAGAUGAUGGACACGGAGGCUAUUCAGGUUGGACUUCAACAAAUGAUAUAAAUUCUGCAACUGAUUUCUCAGGCGAAUAUCAAAAUCCACGCCAGAGAGCAAGGGAAGAGCGCUCAAGUUGGCCGGUUGUCUCUCUGUCACCGACUCUUCCAUCACCCUCUAACUUAGACGAACAGUCCACCAACACAUUGGAUCCAUACUAG